UGAUUUUCUUCUAAAAAAGGACUUGUCAUAUCUGAUUCAUUAUUAAUAUUAUUAUUGAUUCUAAUGCGCUACAUGUUUCUUCAAUGUUAACAAAUAAUAAAUUAUGCUAAUUACAAUCAUUUCGAAGCAUCCGAUAUAAUGUUAACUUGGUUUUUUCAUACUAAACUUUUUUUUUUAGGAGAACGUGCGAAUUAUGUCAACAGUCCUCACGUCAUCGCCAUGGUGGGUCUACCAGCGCGCGGCAAAACUUACAUUUCUAAAAAACUGUCCCGAUACCUGAACUGGAUAGGAAUAAAUACAAAAGUGUUUAAUCUUGGAGAAUACAGGAGGCACGCUACGUCUGCGUAUAAAAAUCAUGAAUUUUUCAGGUUGAACAUAUUUUUUAGACCCGACAAUCAAGAAGCCAUGGCCAUUAGGACACAAUGUGCAUUAGAAGCAUUACACGACGUAUGCCAGUGGUUGGAAAAUGGGGGGGAAGUUGCAGUUUUUGAUGCUACAAAUUCCACGCUGGAUCGUAGGAAACUUAUACACGACUUCGUUGUGACCAAAAUGGGAUUCAAAUUAUUUUUCGUAGAAUCCAUAUGCGACGAUCCUGACAUUAUAGAACAAAAUAUCAGAGAAGUAAAAGUAAGCAGUCCUGAUUAUACAAACAUGAAUAAAGACACAGUUUUGACGGAUUUUCUCCAAAGAAUUCAGCACUACCAAGAAAAAUACGAUCCCCUUGACGAAAUCAAAGAAAAAGACGUGUCGUUCAUGAAAAUAUAUAACACAGGGGAAAAAGUAGUUGUACACAAACACGAGGGACAUGUUCAAGCUAGAAUUGUUUAUUACCUUAUGAACAUUCACAUUACACCUAGGACUAUUUAUUUAACAAGACACGGGGAAAGUGAACAGAAUCUGGACGGUAGGAUAGGUGGCGAUUCAAAUUUAAGUAGUAGAGGAAAGCAGUACGCCAGUGCUUUGUCCAAAUUUAUUCACGAACAGAAAAUAGAAGGUUUAAGGGUUUGGACGUCAUGGUUAAAGAGGACCAUUCAGACCGUGUCUGGUUUACAUGUACCUCAAGAAAGAUGGAAAGCGUUAAACGAAAUAGAUGCCGGCGUGUGCGAGGAAAUGACUUACGAAGAAAUCAAAGAAAAAUACCCGGAAGAAUUUUCGUCUAGAGAUACGAAUAAAUUUGCUUAUAGAUAUCCAAGAGGGGAAAGUUACGAAGAUUUGGUCGCCCGCUUAGAACCAGUCAUUAUGGAAUUAGAACGACAGGGCAAUGUUUUAGUUGUAUCUCAUCAAGCUGUGUUGCGCUGUUUAUUGGCAUACUUUUUGGAUAAAUCUGCAGAUGAACUACCCUAUUUAAAAGUUCCCCUUCAUUCUGUAAUCAAACUGACCCCAGUGGCGUACGGUUGUAGGGUAGAAGAGAUUUCUCUCAAUAUUGAUUGCGUUGAUACACACAGACCUAAACCAAAAGUUCCUGGUCAACUGGAAGAGAAAUUUUUAAGGAAAAGUAAAACAUUAAGUUCCACUACUUAAUUUGUCAAACAUCUAGACUAGAUCGACCAAAAAAAAAAGAUAACACGGUGCCUGAAAACGUGAUUAUAAUAAUUAUGGAACUGUGUCAGUUGGAACGUUUUGUAUAAUUAUUCUAGGUGUUCCACAUAUUUUUAAAUAAAUUACUCCGAAACUGCCGGGAUUUUUUAAGGCAUUUUAAAAGAUCGAUGGGACUGUUCCUAUACCUACGUAUAGUAUAAUUUUACAUCUUAUUGAAAAAAUUUACUGUAAUAUAGGUCAUAUUUGUUA